CGCUCGAAUUCCGUCACGUGCUUCUUCAGAACCGGCAGUCCCACGGUCACAGAGGCGGUGCGGUGCGAACGCUGCGGUCAUUGCACGUUUUAAACAACGUUAUAAAUAACGAACGAAAAAGACCACGAAAAAAAACGGACAUUCUGUCAGCCAUGUCACUGCUGCGGGGCAUUGUGGGACGCCUGCGUCUUCCUCUCGUCCUGAACACGCCCUUGUCCUCACCCCCUAUGACGUCAGUGACUCACCUCAGACCGCGUGGACACCUUCAGCGGCGUUUCCUGUCUCGCGGCCGGGACUCAUCCGACUCCUCUGCAAAGAAGCUGACGCUCAGAACUCGUCUGGUGGUGACACUGCUGUUUGGCGGCGGCGCUCUGGCCACGUGCUGGUACGUGUACGAGGAGAAGCAGCAGAAGCUGCGGCGGCAGCGCAUGGAGCAGCUGCAGCAGGUGGCAGUAGGUAAGGGGAACUUCAGCCUCCUGGACCACAGGGGGCAGCGCAGGACCAAGCAGGACUUCCAGGGCUGCUGGGUGCUGCUGUACUUUGGCUUCACUCACUGCCCUGACAUUUGUCCCGAGGAGCUGGAGAAGCUGAGCGCCGUGGUGACUGAGCUGGACCGGGACGUGUCCCUGCCGCGGCUGCAGCCGCUCUUCAUCACCGUGGACCCGGAGAGGGACGACGUGGCGGCAGUGGCCCGGUACGUGCAGGAAUUCCACCCGCGCCUCAUGGGACUGACGGGGACACCAGAGGAGGUGAAAGAGGCGGGGCGGGACUACAGAGUGUACGCCAGCGCCGGACCCAAAGACGAGGACGGGGACUACAUCGUAGAUCAUACAAUUCUGAUCUACCUCAUCAGUCCUGAUGGACUUUUCCUGGACUACUACAACCGAACCAAAGACGAGGACCAGAUCGCUGAGAGCGUCCGCAACCACAUGAGGACAUAUGUCCCGCUGGGGCAGAUCCACUAAACACGUCAAGACCUCAGAAUGAAAAACUGUUCCAGGAAAUGAGCCUAUAUUGAAUAACCACUAGGGGGCGACUCAGAUGGUUGGAAAAAGAACUGAUGACAGUAAACUUUUUCCUGAGGAGUUACAAGAUGGUUGCAAAAUGUCAAUGUCCCUCCGACAAUCGUGGGUGUCUUCUGAUUUUAGGCCGGGUUGAACAGAUUAUCUGGCCAAGUUAACCUGUACUGUGAGGGAUUAUCAGAUGUGUCAUCGGAGGCAUCAGUCUUCCCAAUUUCACAAGUUUAACAAGUUAGACAUUUACCACUGAACAGCAAAUGGGGGCGUGAGCAGAAUCUUGUGUACUGACGCCGCCGACGUUCCGCCUUCAAGUUCUUUGAGAUCCCAAAUCCCGGGAAUCUUGUCCAUGAAAUCUUCUGAUUAAACGCUAAGUAUGUGGUCGGGCAUCUUGACUGGAUCAUCUCAUCCAGGGUUUCUGUGCUUUCACAGGGUUGAAAUUGAAAGUUUGUGAUUGAAAAAAAUGUGGGGCAGGAUUUACAAGAACUAACUCUGUGUUGGACAUUGCGUUUCCUGAAAAACCUCCAGAUAUCACGUAAAUGCUUCGCAAAGCUACUUCAGCUGUGUGGAAAAUAAAAGGAUAUAAGCAGAGUGUAACAUUGUAUGUGAAAAAAAUUUAAUAAAAAAAAAAGUACUGC